CGGGGGCGGGCCGGGGCCGCGGCAGUCGGUGCCGGGGGUGGACACGGAGCGACGGCAGGGCGUCACCAUGGCCGGGCAGGCGCUCGAGUGUGUGUAGGUGUGUGUGUGUGUGUGCUACAGUGCGGCCCCGAGGAUGACGGCGUAGCGCAGCACGGCCGCGCCCCCGAGCCCUGACACCUGGGCGACGACGACGACGACGAAGCCGCCGCCGCGGUCGCUUCUGCAGCAGCCGCGCCCUCCUUGGCCGACCGACCGGACCAUGCCGACGACGCUGGGUGGCGGGCCGGCGCCGGGCCGGGCGGCAGGUCCGGGGCACUCGUAGAUGGGGGCGCUCGCGCCGCCCUGCCGGCCCUGCCGGCCCUGCCCCAACCACGCACAAGCUGGCCUCCGGCCUGGACGCCCUCGACGCCGCCGGCCUCUGCUGAAGCGACCUGGCCGCCGACGACCUAGCUGACGGCCUCGCGGGCGGCCUCCACGGCGGACGAGCGGUACCGAGGGCGCUCGCCCGGGCCAGGCUGACGAUGCGUCUGGACGACGUCGCCCACGACGCCCGCCGAGCCUGCGCCUGCCUUCGCCCCCGGCCAUGAGAAAGCCAGUGCUGCGGCUGGCCGUCCUCACCGCCCUCUUCGCUAUGCUCUGGUCGACAACCGUCUGCUCUUCCCAGGCGAGCUUCAGCAGCCGCAGCAGCUACGCGCAGCCGCCGCCCGACGCCCUGGACGGAGCCGCCCCCGACCCCGACGACGCCGCCGCCGAGGCCGUCGGCGAGGCUGGCGAGGAAGGGGUCCCCUGCCUCCCCGACGCCGUCCUGGGACUCGGAGGCCAUGGCGGCCACAGCGCACACCCCGGCCACGCUGGCCACGGGGACAAGUUGCACAAAAAGGGCGCGUGCCAGCCCGGCGGGGGCGCGGGCCGGCGCCGACGGCCCUCGCAGACGGCGCGCCGCUACCAGCCGCUGUCGCGGCCCAACGCCGAGCCGCUGCCCGUGCACCGGGCCCUGCUGCUGUUCGGCGGCCCCGUCGGCCACGGCGGCCUGCAGCGCGACCGGCUGCGGCGCUGCGCCACCACCGAGACGGUCGAGGGCACGGCCAGGCUGCGCUCCGCGCUGCCCCGCGACCCCGCGCACGACGCCGUGGUCGUGGUGCACGCCGCGCACGACUGGGUGGCCGACAACGCCAUCCUGGACAUGAUCGCGGACCGCAUGGUCAACGUGACGGUGUUCGCGCCGCCGCACGGCCACUCGCACAGCCAGGCGCACGGCGCGCUGGGCCCGCUGCUGCGCCGCUGCCACGCGCUGGGCGCGCGCUGCUCGCGCCUCGACUCGCUGCUGCCCGUGCUGGCCUGGCUCGCCGAGGAGAAGGAGAGCGCCGACCGGGAGCGCGCCGACGCGCACGCGGCCCAGCACCACCACGGCGUCGGCGGCGGCCUGCACGCGCCGCAGCAGGGCGCGCUGCCGCUCGAGCAGUACGACUCGCGCUGGCUGGCCGCCGCCCCCGAGACCGUGGCGGCCGCGGCCGGCGUCGGCGCCGCCGUCAUGAUGGGCGCCGACCUCGCCGACGCCAUCCUCCCGGAGCCGCCGGGCCUGGAGCCCCCCGACCCCAUCGGGCCGCCGGCCGCCGACGGGGAGGUGCAGUCGCACGAGGUCGCGGUGCACCACCAGCACCAGCCCGGCCAGCGCCUGCAGAUGUCCGUGCACAAGCAGCUGGAGCAGCUGGUGACGCGCCUCUGCGACCGGGACCGCAGUCGCAACCACUUCUACGAGCUGCACAAUCCCCCCAUCACGGAGGAGGACCUGAUGCCCACCAUGGCCCCCGAGACGGCACUCUCUCUCCGGGACAUCCUGCCCAUCAACCCGAAGCACUACGACAAGAACCGCGCACCCAAGCUGGCCGGCCAGCCGACCAUCGUGUACUUCCACGUCACCGUGCUGUCCCUCGACUCCAUCAACGAGGAGUCCAUGACUUACGUGGCCGACAUCUUCCUCGCCCAGUCGUGGAGGGACCCCCGCCUCCGGCUGCCGGAGAACAUGAGCGAGGAGUACCGCAUCCUGGACGUGGAGUGGCUGCACGACAUUUGGCGUCCGGACUGCUUCUUCAAGAACGCCAAGAAGGUCACGUUCCACGAGAUGAGCAUCCCCAACCACUACCUGUGGCUGUACCACGACAAGACUCUGCUCUACAUGUCCAAACUCACGCUAGUUCUCUCCUGUGCGAUGAAGUUCGAGUCGUAUCCGCACGACACUCAAAUAUGCUCAAUGUCGAUAGAAAGCUUAUCCCACACUGUGCACGACCUCGUGUUCAUCUGGAACCAGACGGACCCUUUGGUGGUGAACCCAGAGAUAGAGCUCCCGCAACUGGACAUAUCCAACAACUACACUGCCGACUGUACGAUAGAGUAUUCCACGGGUAACUUCACCUGCCUGGCGGUGGUGUUCAACCUGCGCCGCCGGCUGGGCUACCACCUGUUCCACUCGUACAUCCCCUCGGCGCUCAUCGUCAUCAUGUCGUGGAUCUCGUUCUGGAUCAAGCCCGAGGCCAUCCCCGCCCGGGUCACCCUGGGCGUCACCUCCCUCCUCACGCUCGCGACCCAGAACACGCAGUCGCAGCAGUCGCUGCCGCCCGUCUCGUACGUCAAGGCCAUCGACGUGUGGAUGUCGUCCUGCUCCGUAUUCGUUUUCCUCUCGCUCAUGGAGUUCGCCGUGGUCAACAACUACAUGGGUCCCGUGGCCACCAAGGUCAUGAAGGGCUACUCGGAGGACGACAUCCAGGCGGCCGUCGAGGACAUGAAAGAGCUGGAGCCCGGCGCACGCAGCCCCCUCCGCGCGCAGUCCGUGCCCACCGUGCCGCAGUACGACACCUGCUGCGAGGGACGGGCCACCGCCCUCUACAUCGACAAGUUCUCCCGUUUCUUCUUCCCGUUCUCCUUCUUCAUCCUCAACGUCGCCUACUGGUCCACUUUCCUGUGAAAAGUGCUGAAGUGCUUGACAUGCCUUGCCCAGUGAGAAGUUAAUGUCGAAACGACAUCGAAAAGACAGAAUUGAUGUCGGGAACGAUCUCGUUUCGACAUCGUUUCCAUUGUCAUUUCGCACUGGAAUGUACUCUGACGAUAUGUGAUGUGUCAUAAUGUGGAUGUCUUCCGAUCUCGCCGCUCCCUGUGGCUGUGGAGGUAUUAGUCCUAAAGCACAUACCUUUAACCGACGUCCUCAGUAGAAUUUUGAGUGACGUCACUUUUUUCUCUUUCAUCUGAAAUUAACGUCGUAAUUCAGUUCGUGGAGCUCUUUUCUCAAACUUUCGUAAAAUUUUAAGUAGGUCAUUGACACUACCGGGCUGAUUUAGUUUCAAAGUUACUCCAAUUUCUCUAUCUUCUGUGCAUACCAGAACUUAGUGUCUCACAAGUUAUUGUAAUUUUAAUAUUGAUCCUAAUUUUUAUCUCGUCAAUAAAUGUGGUGUAUCCGUUUUUGUAUUCUAUCUAAAAACUCGGACUUUUAGGAGUCACAGAUAAAAGAAGAAUAUGUGUGUAAUUUUUACGCAAUAUGAGUGAGUAUGCUUCUCCAUCGUUCUCCAUGCCCAUUAGUGGGGAAAGUCAAAAGAUGUUUGAUAAUUUUUAUGAAACAAAUGUAUCACUGCCAACCCCAUGGAGCUGGAAAACUACAUUUUUAAAAGCAUCGUAUAAUUGUUUAACUUUUAAGACUAGGCAGAAACGGCGCGCUAUUGUCUUGCCUAAAUGGUUAAGAUGAAACAUAGAUUAAGUAAUGCUGUACAUGAGUAUAACAAAUUUAUGAUUUUCAAUUGUUUUGACAUUACAUGAAACAGCUUGCAAAGUCAUAUAAUGUUUACGAUUUGGAUUCAGACGUAAGGAAGCGUGGAUAAAAAAUAAACACAUGUUUUUCACUGAAUGACGGGCAACUAGUAAAAGUUUAAUUUAUGUUAAUUUGUACGUGUUAGGAGAAAUAUCUUCGUAUGUGUAAUUGGAAAGGAUGUGUUUCUUAGUUAAUUUAUGAUUACGUGUACAAUAACCGUUUCAACUUGGAAUUAUUAAAUAAAUAAAAGAAAAACUGUUUCGAG